ACUGUUGGGUGCCGUAACAAUGUGUCAGGGUGCCUUCACGGAAGGUCCGUUCAGACCGGCGGUCACCCGCAGUAUUGACGACUACUGUAAACACGAGGGAUAUAUUCCGGGUCCCGAUCCUUCUUCAUACUACAAGUGUGAGUACGUACCCGACCAGUGCUGGAACAAACACCUGGAGCACUGUCCAGAUGGUGGUAAGGCCAAACCAACCACUGCAGCCCCAACCACGACAACAACUACCACCACAACCACAACCACAACACCUAAGCCCACACCUCCGCCCACCACUACCACUACUACACCUAAGCCCACACCACCGCCCACCACUACCACCACCCAAGGUGUCGACUACUGGUGUUCUCGGGACGGAUAUAUGCCACACCCGAGUGACCCCCAUAAGUACUUCCAGUGCGAAUGGAUUCCCGGCACGGGUUGGUAUCUCCACGACAGGACGUGCCCCGGAAUCACCAAAUGGGUUCAGGCAGAUAAGAGAUGCGACGGUUGUUGGUAUUCGUCUGACAUUCCGAAGGACGACAUCGUCUCUACACUUUUGGGAGCGGUAGUCAUCUGCCAGGGUGCCUAUACGGAGGGCCCAUUUCGAGCGGCCGUCACCCGCAGUAUUGACGACUACUGCAGUCACGAGGGAUACAUACCGGGUCCCGAUCCUUAUUCAUACUACAAGUGUGAACAUGUACCGGACCAGUGCUGGGUCAAGCACCUGGAGCACUGUCCCGAUGGUGGCACUUGGCACGAGGACAUCCACCAAUGUAUGUCAUCCACAAUAUUCUCUAUUAAAUAUAGUGUAACACCAACCACCACAACCACAACUACGACCACCACCACAACUACUACGGAAGCCCCCACCACAACAACUACUACCGCAGCCCCUACCACCAGUAGUAUCGAUUGGUGGUGCUCUAAGGAUGGCUAUAUGCCACACCCCAGUGACCAGCAUAAGUACUUCCAGUGUGAAUGGAUCCCAGGCACGGGAUGGUACCUCCAUUUGCGCCAAUGCCCCAUUCACACCACAUGGAUACAAAAGGACAAGAUGUGCGAUGGCCCUGAUAUUAUACCACCAAUGGAUGACUAAUUGGUAGUCACCCUGCUAUUUUAACUCAGUUUAUGACACAUUAUCC